AAAGCGAUUCAGUCACGUUUAGUGUUAAAGGUGAUAAAAGGGUGACAUCUAGCGGCCGCUGGAGGUACACUUGUUUCAGUGUAAACUCUUCAAGGUAAACGCCUCGUUUCUUCUCGACUGGCGUCAAUAUUUAAUCAGGCAAUUAGCUGUCUCGCUCAACAUGAUUGGUCGACUCGCUCUGAACAACUCAGCAGAACAUCUAUUGAUCUGACUGCUGAGUCAUGGCGGCCAUUUCUCCUUUGGUUGUUGUUUGAGUAACUUUUAAAAUGCUCUCAUGCCUUAAGAUAAUAGAAACGGGGAAUUAUGAGGAAAAUAUAGGCUUACAUUGCUAAAUAUAUAUUAUGUCGAAACAAGGAAGGACGAAAUGAGGAAAAUAAGGAAGGUAAGUAUUGAAUUAAACGUGAUGCAUAAAAAGAAGGAUGGGGGAAGUAAUGAAACAUGAUGGAAGGACAGAAGGAACUCAAAUGUGGUAUGAAGGGCAGUAAUAAUUCGGUCCUUGUAGUAUCAGAUAAACGACACUAGGGGGUGCUCAGAGCCCGUGAAAUCUCCUUCCCAUCAUGCAUCGGAGGCGUCCACUCCGCGCUUUCCAAAACUGCGACACUUUGCAUGCUUGGUUUGCCUGAAUUAAAAAUUCCUCCUGCGGUUGAUGAGCAACAAUUCGCCUGUCGUGGAGGCGAGAACGACAUGGACGUCUUUUCCCAGAAGUGACACAAUCCCCUCAGAAGCUUCGGAGGCCUCGACCGGCUCGUUCGUUCGCUGCAACGCCGUCGACGCUCAUGCGUCUUUACUCGGCCACGCAGAUUUUAUUCCCACGGAGGACGCCGGAGGAAUAAUUUUCACCCCGUUUUGUUUUUCCGACUUGUUUAAAGCAACAGAGGUAAGGCUGCAAGCCUGAAGUCGACACCUGCUGCACGCGUUUUGAUUUUUUUUUCCAAUUCGAACUGAGCUCCAUGCAUGUUGUCAGCCGCCUAGCUUGCAGCAUCCCCUCGGCGCCCCGCCAUCAUGCCGCUCAGUUCUGGUCUGCUGAGUCGGAACUACGACUACGACUCCCUCCAACCUUACUUCUACUAUGACCACUCGGAGGAGGACUUCUACCCGCAACAGCCGCAGCCCCCGGCGCCCAGCGAGGACAUCUGGAAGAAGUUCGAACUUCUUCCCACGCCGCCGCUGUCGCCCAGUCGGCGACCCUCGCUUUCUGGCUUGACCUACCCGUCUAACGCCGACCAGCUGGAGAUGGUCAGCGAGUUCCUGGGCGACGACGCCAUCAACCAGAGCAUCAUUUGCGACUCCGCCGACUACUCGGAGACCUUCCUGCAGUCAAUCAUCAUCCAGGACUGCAUGUGGAGCGGAUUCUCGGCCGCGGCCAAACUCAAGAAGGUGGUGUCCGAGCAGCUUGCCACGCUCCAUGCAGCCCGGAUGGACGUCUCCGCCUUCGCAGCGGCAGCAGCAGCCGCUGCCGCGGCCAAUCCCAGCCUCGCGACCUCCGCCCCUGCCGCCGAUGCGUCCACAACGGGGUCAGCCGAGGUGGCCGCCUGGAGGAGCUACCUGCAGGACCUCAACACGGCGGCGUCAGAGUGCAUCGACCCUUCGGUGGUCUUCCCCUACCCGGUGGCCGAGACCCCCAAGCAGAGCGAGCCUCCCGCUCAGGACCUGGGGCUUGACACGCCUCCCUACAGUGGCAGCAGCAGCAGCAGUAGCAGCGAAUCAGAGGAUGAUGAGGAGGAGGUGGAGGAGGAGGAGGAGGAGGAGGAGGAAGUGGACAGCGGCAAAGAGGCGGAGGAUGAGGAGGAGAUCGAUGUGGUGACGGUGGAAAAGCGGCAGGCGGUGAAUCGUUGCGAUUCGUCAUGCAUCGGCACCGCCAUCCCCCUGGUGCUCAAACGCUGCCACGUCUCCACCCAGCAGCACAACUACGCCGCGCACCCGGGCAAGCGGCUCAAGAUGGACAACGGUGGAGAGUGCAGAGGUGUGAGCCAGAGCGGCACGCCCAAGCAGAUCGGCACCAACCGCAAACGGCGCAGCCCGUCCGACUCAGAGGACCGGGACAAGCGUCGAAGUCACAACGUGCUGGAGCGCCUCCGCCGCAACGAGCUCAAGCUGAGUUUCCUGGCGCUGCGUGACCAGAUCCCCGACCUGGCCAAAAACAACAAGGCGUCCAAGGUGGUGAUCCUCAAGAAAGCGACCGAGUGCGUGCGCACCAUGCACGCCGACGAGUGCCGCCUGCUGUCGCUCAAGGAGCGGCUGAGGCGCCGGGGGCAGCUCCUCGCACACAAACUCGCCGCUCUGCGCCACCAGCACGCUUAGUCGGCGCCCGCCCACCCGCCUCUUUGUUCGUUCGGCCGUUUGUGUUUUUGGAUGCCGACUGUCCUGAGCAGUCGUUUGCAUGCAAUUGCCGAGGGAAAAAAAGAUGGGUGGAAUCUGUUGAUACUGCCUCAAUUCAAGUUAUGACUGGGUUCAGAUAUUUAAAGUUUAUUUUUAUUAAGAAAAUAGAAGGAAAAAUGGUGCCCCGCAGUUCCACAGCAGGGGCCCGAAUUAAAAGAUGAAUUUUUAUGUUUUUGUACAUAUUUAAUAUUUCCUAAGAAAAUGUAUUUUUGGAUCUCAAUUGUCUGGAUUUUCAGACCCCGUGUUUGUUUUUUUGCAUUCUGUUCCUUUUUGAAAUAUAAAAAGAAUGUUCUCUCA